AUAGUAUUUGUCAAAACCCUAAAUACCUUGUAGUAAAAUGUUGCAACAGACUGGAAACGUUGGCCUUGGAAACAUUUGGAGAAGUAAGCAUGUGGAACUGGAAAAUUGCCUGAGAAACUAAGAGAGCUGCUUCCAUGCAGAGAGGCUCCUGAGCUUGGACCAUAUCCCAAAUUAGAUGUAUUGAGAUCCCCAGGCUGUGUUUUGCAAUUCAGAUAUAGCAGAACUUUCCUGUGGCAGCCUCCUGGGCUCCCCGUUGGUGGGGGCCUUGGAGUGGGAAUAUAUAAAUGAGAGCCUUUGUUCUCUAGAGCAUGAAGCUGAAAUGAGUUUGGGUAGAAAAGCAAUUAUGUGCGUACAUUUGAGAGCCAUGCUUUGGAGGCAAAUUCAAACUUGAAAAGAAAAUCCCAAUGCGAGUAGCUUCUAAGGCCUCAGAUCACAGAUGAAGUUAGAGGUGGCAAUUCAGUACUGCCUGGUGAUUCAGCCAGUCUUCCUACAUCAUUUUAAAAAGUCACCAACAGUUCAUUAAGUGUAAGGAAAUGUUAGGACAGAAAAGCUGUGGGGAGUUAGUAGAAUCCAACCUGUGACAGAUCCCUCUCUACUGAGAACCUUAGCAGUGCCUGUUUAUCUCAAACUCAGUUCUUUGACCAGGGAAGAAAGUUGCUUUGUCACCCAAACUCUUGUUUCUCUAGUCCUUAAAAUAGAUCACAGGCAAUUUCUCUACUUGCUAGGUUUGUCUCUGAAGAAUCACCUGAGUGGUCUAUAAUACCUACUGUAGAAUAGCACUGAGUGGUCUAUAAAAUACAACCAACUGUGACAUCAUUGUUCAGGUAUUCAGUUUUACACACAGCUAUGAGCCAACUAUAAAAAACUGAGAAGUGGCUCCUGUCUUUGGUUUGUGAUUCUGCAUCUUGCCUAUGGCAUUUAGGUAAGCAGUGCUGCUGCCUAUAGAAUGCUGGGGCCAUCUGUGUUGAGUGGCAGCUCCGGAGGACAAAAGUCUUGCAUUCAUUGUCCUUUUAUCUUUCCACAUCUAACCUGACCUAUUAGACAUGUCACUUUGCAUGCCACCAUCUUCAGGAAUUCUCUGACCUGGUAUACGUCAUCUCUCCCUAUUAGGAAGGGAAGUGUGUCUGCCCUCUGUGCUCAGAGAACAUACCACUUUACAGUCCUUGUCUCCUCAACUAGUCUCCAGCUAGUGAAUCUUUCAUCUCUAUAUCCCUAACACCACAUGGAGUAGGCACUCAAUCCAUGUUGAAAGAAAUGAAUCCAUGGAAGGCAGUACAUCAAGGCUACUUGAGUUGAAUUGAAUAGAGCAGACACACCCUCUCUUAUCACUGGGUGGGAUUUAGUGCAGGUGAUGUAAUGUGACUUGACAGGGUAGUUAAAUAUUGACAGGCAGGAGGAAGCAUACCCACACUGUUCACCCAGAAGGAAAUAAGGGCUGAAGGUGACUGUCAGAUCAGAUUGCUGAGGCUGGAAGCUGCUACAGUGGUCCUCAUGCCUCAGCUGAGGUCACUGGGUGAACUUGGCUCUUGCUUCAAGAGAGAUAUUUAAAUAUAGGCCGGAUUCAUUUCCUAUGGCUCACUUCACAACUGUCACCACCUGUGACCCUCUUUGCUUAUAGGAUUGCUAACAUCCUAGAUGAAUACCAAAAGAAUAUUAUUUUGGAACAUGUGAAACUGUAGUGGGAAUAUAUGGACUCUAAUAAAUACAUUGAGCAUUUGCUAACCCAACUUGAGGAGCAACACAGAAGUCUCUGGAGGGAGAAGUUGGCUGUGGCCCGACUGCAGCGAGAAGUUGCCCAAAGAACAAGUGAGAGGGCAGUGCAUGAGAAGCUGAUACGUGAAUUGGAAGAGGAGAGACACUUGCGUCUUCAAAGUGAGAAGCGGUUGCGGGAAGUUACCCUUGAGUCGGAGCGUAACAGAGCUCAGAUGAGAGGUCUGCAGGGGCAGUUCUCCAGGAUGGAAGAAACAGUGCGAAAUCUAUUGCAGAGUCAAGGACCUCCAGAGCAGAACAAAGAAGAAACUGUUAGUGUGCUGGUCUAUCAGGAAAAACUAUCAGAGGAAGAGAGAAAACACAAGGAAGCUUUGGAUGAUCUUCCCACAGUGGUAGAUGAGGAUUCAAGGAGCGAAAGCAGCAGUACAGAUGAAGGAAAAGAAAAAAACAAAUUGCUGUUAGAAAGAUUGAAAGCUCUAGAGGCAGAGAAUUCAGCAUUGGCUUUGGAAAAUGAAAAUCAAAGAGAACAGUAUGAGAGAUGUCUUGAUGAGGUAGCCAAUCAAGUUGUUCAAGCUCUACUCACUCAAAAGGAUCUAAGGGAAGAAUGUGUAAAGUUGAAAACAAGAGUGUUUGAUUUGGAACAACAAAACCGAACGCUAAGCAUCCUAUUCCAACAGCGAGUCAGACCAACUUCUGAUCUACUCCUCCAGGAAUCGCAACUGAAUGCAAAAUCAGGAACCCCUGCCUUGAGAUGCCCUGGGCUGGGACUUGUUCUUCCUGGUCAUCUCUGUCCUCGAAACAGCUGCAGCAGCAGUGAACUGUCUCUUUCUAGCACCUGCAGUGAGUACUCCAGUGGCUCCUCCUACACAUGGCAUGAUGGGAAGAACCUCAGAAAAAGGCAACCAUCACAAAACUGGGAUAAAAGACUAAGUAUUGAUUCUUCACUCCCAUGUGACUUUGCUAGUCCUGCAGAUGAACUACCUCCAACUCGGAUCAAGGAAAGUCACAUUUUAGAGGGGCUGAGAAGACUCCAGAAACGAAAAGUGUUACUUGAACCCUCAUCAGUGAUAACCAAAUGGGGUUAUAAAGAUUGCAUGAACUCGAAUGAAGGAAUAUAUUCUCCAGGAAUUAAGAGCAGCAGUCUCAAGGAAUAUCCAUCCUGCAAACCACCAGGUGUAGGGAGCCCCUGCCACGAAUCCCACAAGACAUUUGUUUAUGAUACAGCUUCCCAGGAGGAUGCUGAUGAUGACUCCUCUUCCCUGGCAUUGCUACAAACAGUUCCAAACCUGGGAUGCAGGUUACAUGGCAGUAAAUUAACCCACAGUGUUUCUGACAGUCUCUUUUGCUGGGAGCUAAAUGGAAAACACUUUUCAGGAGCCACAUCCUCAUUUUAUCCCAGGGAAAGGCCUGAAAAACUGACUCCUUCCAGCAACUGUCCCUUGGACAGGAAGCUAUGCCCACGGGUGCAGAUGCCUCUAUUACAACGGGACAGGGACCCACACAUCCAAGGCCAUGACAACACAGCUCUCAAUCUCCAGCUUUCAGACAUGGAUGACAAUGAGACCUUUGAUGAAUUGCACAUAGAGAGCAGUGACGACAAAAGCCCUUCAGAAUUGUCAUUGACUGCUGAUACCGACAAGUCCAUGGAGAACCUGGACAUCCUCAUGGGUUCUGAGAAAUCUGAACAUGGGUCUCCUAAUGAGAAGGAAAAGCAAGUACCCAUCCAGUUAGAAAGUAGGCCAAAGACAUUCAGUUUCAUUAAGCAGCAAAGGGUUGUAAAAAGGACUUCUUCAGAAGAAUGUAUCACUGUAAUAUUUGAUGCAGAAGAUGGUGAGCCUUUUGAAUUCAGCUCAUAUCAGACUGGAGUUGCUACUGUUAUGAGAAAUGAAAUUUCCAUUAACACAGCCCCUGCUGGACCCACAGCAGAACACACUGAACUUGUACCUCAGGGAAUUGCUCAUUUACAUCCAGGGGCUGCUCCAAAAGACUGUCUCUUCUUAAAGAGAUCUGAAGAAGAAACUGAGAAAAACAUUCCAGCAGGUAGUAUAGAUGGCAUUUCUUCAGCUCCCACUGACCCAUUCAUCUCCAAAACAGUGACGCAAAAUGUCCCCCAACAAAAACUAGCUAAGCUGACACCCAUGUCAUAUCACAGUAACUCAAGCUCUGUAGCACCCAUGGGUAUUUAUCAAAGGCAAAAUCUGACAAAAAUACCUGCCAGGGGUAAGUCUUCACCUCAGAAGUCAAAAAUACUAAAGUCUGAAGGCUGCACACUAAUCCCUUCAUCUAGCCCCGUGACUCUUGAAAAAUCACCAGCCUUACCUCCUGGGAAACUGGCACGGUUCAUGAAGUCUGAGAGCACAGGUCCCCUUGGUGAUGUAAAACCAGAUUCACACAUUCCAAAGCUCCCCACACAACCUUCUCAUGGCCCCAGAAUGUCCAGCAGGAGGGACUGGACUGAGUGCUCCAAGAAUCAGACUCCAAGGUCAAGAUCAACGCUGCUCAUUGAGCCUGGUGACAGUGGAGAGCCCCCCACAAGAGAUAAACACUGUGUUUCUGGGCCAGAGGCAGGGGUGACAUCUCCUUCCCCACCACCCACUCCAGGCAGGUCAGUCUCCUUGCUGCUUAGGCCCCCUUAUGAGUCUCCGUCACCACCUGUGUCUACCAAGCCUGAAACCAGGCCCCCCAGUGACACAAUGAAAACAGUAUUAAAAUCAUCCCCGCUGAAAGGAGCAUCUGCUCCACUCACUCCUAAUCAGGCCACAGCAGAAAUGCAGAAAAAGAAACCUGUAACCUUCAAAAAGCCUGUUUUUCCUCAUGUUUUGCCUUCCACAGAGACAAUGAUUCACCCCAGAUGCCCUGCUCAUGCCCCCUCUAGCUCAUUUGCCAUGCUGUCUCCUGGAGCUCCAAAGGUCUCCCCAAAGAGGAGUGUUCCCAAAACCUCUCCUCAUCAAACGCUUGGGACCACACAUAUGGAUACAGGGUUACGGGUGCCUAAAACUUGUCCUUCGACCCAUGAGCCACUGGAGAUACAGCCCUCCAUGAAUGCAUCUCCAGGAAGAAAACAAGUGAAUGACGGUGUCCACACAUCCCCCAAGCCUUUCUUCUUAGGGGCCAGUGAGUCACCAUCAUCUCAGGUUAGCAGUUCCACAUCCUCCUCCUCUUCCUCCAAAAGCCGUAGUGCGCCACAUGGCUGUCAAAAUGCUCAUGAGAAAGGACUGAAAACUCGCCUCCCAGUGGGGCUCAAAGUUCUCAUGAAGUCUCCCCAGUUGCUCAGGAAAAAUUCUACAGUGCCAGGGAAACAUGAAAAAGAUAGUUUAAAUGAAGCUUCUAAAAGCUUUGUGGCUGCCAGCAGGCCUAAGCUUGAGGACUCCAGGAAUCCAGCAAACCUAGGGGCCACAGGGUGUGAAAGAAACUCCCCUACGCCAGGAUCACACACACCAGACAGGUUAGCUGAGGGACUCCCCCUGGAAACGAUGCUACUAAAGUCACUGGAAAAUGGCAUCCCUGGGGCUGACAGGAGAGAUGGAACAGAAAACAGAUCAGUAAAAAGAUCCCUUUCUUCUAUUAAGCCACAUCUAAAGCCAGCCCUAGGCAUGAAUGGUGCCAAAGCUCGAAGCCAGAGCUUUAGUUCUCACUCAGGAGACAAACCCUCUCCACCCUCUGUGGAAGGGCCAGGCAAAAUCCGAACCCAGAUUAUUACCAACACGGCAGAGAGAGGCAACUCUCUUACCCGGCAGAACACCUCCAUAGAGGGCUCCCUAAACAACUCAAAUCCUACUCCUACAUCUGAGAGUCUUUUCUGUGCUGGGCACCCUUUCUCCAAGCAAGGCUCCCUAGGGAGCGCAGACAGCACCAGCAGCCAUCAUGGAAGCCCAAGCAAGCUCCCUUUGAGGAUCUCCCCAAAGUCUGAAGGACUUCAAACCCAGUGUGGGACAAAAGACCAGCAGGUUCACAUAGGAGGAGAAUGUGCAAGUGUGGCUGUACCUGAGGAAUCAGAUAGUGACCAUUGCUGGUACCCACUCACUCCAACAGACAGCCCUCAGGUGCCUCAGGCUGCAGGAAGGACACUGCAUCAAAGCAGUUUAGAAACAAUCAGGACUUCCAAGCUAGAAACUUCUGGAAGACAUCCAGAUAUCUCUGCAGCCAAGACUGCUGCUGUGAGCCCAGAAGCUCCCCUCUCACCCACAAUCGAAGAAAAGGUCAUGCUGUGUAUUCAGGAAAAUGUGGAAAAGGGCCAAGUGCAAACAAAAUCCCCUUCUGUGGAAGCAAAGCCUAAACCCGGGCCUUCUUUUGCCAGCUGGUUUGGUUUUCGAAAAAGCAGACUUCCAGCUCUCAGUAGCAGGAAAAUGGACUUCUCCAAGACCAAGGUGGAAAGGAAAGAUGUGAAAGUCUUGGGGUUUGGAAAUAAGCAACUGAAAUCAGAAAGGAAAAAAGAGAAAAGGAAGCCUGAGCUUCAGUGUGUGACAGAAAAUGAGCUUGACAGGGGCACUAGGUUGGCAGAUACUCCCGACACUGGAUUACAAAGCAAGAAUAAUCUGAAAUCAUCACACAAUAUGUACAACCAUGUGAACUUUGAAACAAGAAACAAACCCAGCCCUGUUACGUGUUCAACAAAAGACACCUUUAUGGUGGAACUUCUGAACAGAGUUGAUAAGAAAGGAACUCAACAGACAGAAAGUGGAUCAAAUAGUGUUUCCUGCAGGAAUGCAUUAAAGGGCAGUUCCCAGGGCUCCUGUCUCACUGGCAGUUCCAUCGGCACUCAAGGAAGCCACAAGAAAAACAUCAAAACCAAAAUGGAUAUGGAAAUAUCCAGAGACUCCCUGGUUAAAGAGGCAAAUGAAAACAUACAAGAGGAUGAAGAGGAUACAAUUGCAGAUUCUGCAUUUCAGAGCCAUGUCGUAGAAUCAAACUGCCAAAUGAGAACGCUGGACAGUGGCAUCGGGACCUUCCCACUCCCAGACUCAGGAAAUCGUGUGACAGCACGGUACUUGUGCCAGCCAGACUCCUCAGAGGACACCGAGCCCCUCCUGCCUCUCCAGCAAGCCCCUUCCACAGCCUGCUCCAUCAGAGCCCAAACCCUUGAACGAGAAGUGCCUUCCUUCACAGACAGCCAGCUUGCUACAGAGAUGGCCAUUGUUCAUUCCACAUCUGACCCCAUCAUGAUGGCCAGAGGGACACGACCUCCUCAGAGUCACCUUCCCAAGGCAGCCUCUUCAGGAAAAACCAGUUUCCAAAAGCAGAGUGAAGCAGAGCUGAGGCCUCAGAUGUGCUCAUCAUUUGAAUAUGCUGAAGACACAGUGGCUGGCAAACUGCUUCCAGACUGGGGCAGAGAUGACACUGUAGCCAAGACCCAGAAAUUGAAACAAGUUGAAGAAACAAAAGAAGAUCCUGAGAAUAGAUUAUCUAAAAUUUCCCUUGAGUCGUUCAAUAAAUUUAACAGCAAUACUGUGAUUUUAUUAGAAAAAGAGACCUCCCUGAGCAAGGUUGAAGGACAAAAGGAAGAAAGAGAGAAAAAUGAAGAGGCAUCUUUUAGUAGCUCGGAGAAACCUGGGGUAGACAAUUUGGAAUCUUUGAGUGAUUCUUUAUAUGACAGCUUUUCUUCUUGUGCAAGUCAAGGUUCAAAUGACGUAUAAAGGACUUUUCACCCCCUCAGAGCUGGGAAUAGAGCACUUAUAAAAGGAAAGCAGGGCGGGGUGGCAGGGUACAGCUGUUAGCCAUAAAGGAUUGCAAUACUUCACCUACCUUGUGGAGUACACAGCAGGCAACCCACCAGGACUUAUUUCUCUGACAGGGCAAUAAAGACCGAAUCCAUUGUGUUUCAAGAGGAUUAAAAGUAAACACACAGAAUUCGUAAUUUUGCACUUUUUAAAAUACUUGUAUAGAAGUUGUAAAUUUUUUGAAAGAGAAAUUAUAUUUGUAGGAAAGAAAAAGAUAGCAAUAAAAGGAGUCUGUGCCAUGCUCUUGAAAUGAGGUACUGAGUCUUAGAAGGGCCAGUAAUGUGUAUUUUUUAAAAUUCCAACUAAAGAUUUUGUGAAGUUCAUUGUCCUAGUCCUCAACACAUUUGUGGGUAUGCUCUGUAAACCUAAAACAGCCUGCGGAAAAGCCAGAGAGUUCAUGAUCAUCUCCAUCUCACAAUCUCAUUUUGUUAGAUGUUUUUAAUUGCAGUGCAGUUUCAGAAUUGUUGCCUGAGAGAUUCAAGUUUUAAUAAUAAUUUUGCUUUCACUGAAAAAUGCAGUGUGGACACUGGGAAAUGUGACCCUGUGUCCUGAAGCAACCUAACCCUAUUUCCAAUAGUUUCCUCUAGACUCUGCCUUACAUCCUCUUCUACUCAGUGAUUCUGACUCUCUAUACUGUUGGUUUUCCUCUUCCUACUUUUAAAAAUCACAAUCUGAGUACUCUAGAAAUGAAAGCAAAUUCCUAUGUGCUAUGUUCGCUUUGUAACAAAAUCAAUGGUUGGUGCUAUGGAAAUUUCUUACUUUUAAUAUUCCUUUUUCUACAAAGUGUUUAUAUGUAAGGAUAAAUUCUAUUUUAAAGGUUACAUGUAUUUUUUCUAGAUGUGAACUAUUUAUAAUUGCUUUUGUACAGGAGCUUGUAAACUAGGUACAAUAGGAUCUACUUGGUUACUUUAGCACAACACUGUUUCUUUAAAGAAUAUUGUAUGAUCAGUGUUAUUUUGUUGAUUUGUGCAAUUUGUUGUAUUUGAAUUUUGUUACCCUAAAUGAAAAUUAUGUAAACUGUCUUUGUCUUUCAGGCUUUUAAAAAUCCUUUUGUUUCAUUUCUGAAUAAAGUCCUAUCACCAUUGUACCCUC